AUGAAGUUGCUAGCCUUGCUCCUCGUCACAAUCAGCUUCGGUCUUCUGGCCGCAGCCAACCCAGAUCCUGAUGCCUGUGGCGAUCCAGUCAUGCCUCGACCCGUCGACAAAAUUUCGUGUGGCGAUUUCUUGAGCGAUCUCGGGUGUAAAUGGGACAGCGACUUCAUCAGUUGUGUCCAAAGAUGUCGUCGUGAGAAGGGUCUGGACAGACUGAUCUACCACAAUCACCGUUACUACGAUAUUACAGUCGAGGAGUAUGAUAGGAUCAUGGCUGCUGAGGAAAAGGCCGCUGCUUGUAGGAGUAAGACUGCUCUUAAGACCAAGACUACGAAGAAGGCUGAUGCUUCUUCUACUGGCAAGAAAACUGGUGCUUCCACCACUAGCAAGAAAUCUGGAUUCAAGACUGUUACCAGAACUAUUACUCAUGUUGCUCGUUGGCCUACUGAGCUUCAGGCUGAGGGUGCUGGUACCAAGACAUUUGCUACUGUCUGGAGGAAUGGCACUCCCACUGUCGCUUCUAAGACUUCUAACUUGGCCGCCACUCAAACAUCUAAGCCCGAAGACGAGGACGAACGCGAGACUCACCAUCCACAUCUCGAUCACUUCUGCCAAAAGACCAGCCAAGUCGCCAAAUGCAGAGUCAAAUGCGGUAUCCACAUUCUCGGCGGUUUCCAAAAGUGCAUGAAGAAGUGCCAUGCCAAGUGUCACAAGAAGCAUCCUGUGCACCCUGAUGGCGAGAUGGUCAAGAGAGAUGACAGCACACAGACAUUCUCUACUUCUUUCAGAAUUACCACUCCCACUGUCACAAAGGCUGUUGAAGCUUCUGCUACUGAAAUUGCUGGGCCUAAGGAAGAGCAUCACCAUCCACGCAUCGACCACUACUGCUCGAGUGAACUCCAAAUGUACAAGUGCAGACAAAAAUGCGCCCAUCAUGACUUGAUUUUCGGAAUUGGAAAGAAAAAGUGCGAGCACAAGUGUCAUGAAAAAUGUCACAAGAAACAUCCUCUUUUCCCGGAUGGCGAGGAUAAGGGUAUGGUAAAGAGAGCUGACGAUGACACUGUGCCUGAUGACGCUGCUCUGAACCAAGCCAUCAACGAUGUGAUCGAUACUGCCAUCGACACUAUUCGCAACCAAACCUCUGUCAUCGCCAACGCCGCCAACUUGAAUCUCACAGAGAGAUCGGAGGGUCACAAGAGGCCUUACUGUUCAAGCGACAAUGUCAUAAUGGGUUGCAAAGCCUUGGCUCAGCUUUGGGCUCCUUCCUACGACAAAAUCUACGACAAGUGCAUCAAAAGAUGUCUUAAAAGACACGGCCCUGACUCAUAG